AUGAAAAAAGAGUUACUUUUCAAUGAAGAAAAUGAUGGAGAGGACGACAAAGUUCCUUUAAAAAUCAAAGAGAAAAAUACAGCCAUCCUAGAAAUGUCUUUUAUAGAUCUCUAUAGAUUUUCACUAUGAUCAGAUUAUAUUCUUUUAUGACUAGGGCUAAUAUUUACAGUUAUAUUUUCUGUCCUGCCUUUAUUUUUGGUUAUAAAAAUUGGAGACCUUAUAGAUGCAAUGUACAAAAAUAGAGACAAUUUUGAUGAGCUAUAUGAGGAAGGAACAUCAAUUGCAGUUGUUCAAUUUAUUCUAGGACCAAUCACAGUAAUUGCUGGCUGAGUUGCAGUUGUUUCAUUUAUAAGGCUUGGAAAUAAUACAGGAUUAAAAUGGAAAAAUGUGUAUUUCAAAGCUAUACUCCUCUAUUUAAACAUUCCCUAAUCUUUUUAAGUAAAAAAUUCUAUCUUAAUUUAGCUAAAUCUCUAUAUAAUAAAUAAGCCAAUAAAAUGAUUCGACAAGCACAACCCAGCUGAAUUUGGCAGCUCUAUUGACCUAGACUGUAACACAAUAGAGCAGGCUUCAGGUGAGAAAGUCAUGCUUUUGCUUUCUUCAAUUGUCCUUUUUAUCGCUACCUGAAUGGUCGCAUUUUUUAUCAAUCUACAAUUAACAUUAAUCGCCCUCAUCAUGCUCCCUAUCCAGAUCAUAACAGCCUACAGCAUUGACAAAGCAUCAUACCAAAGCACAGUAAUAGCCCAAGAAAAAUAUAAAACAGCAGGAGGAAUAGCUGAAGAAAGCCUUGAAGGGGUAAAAACUGUCUCCUCCUGUAACUCUCAAGAUUUUCUUGCUAAAUCAUACCAAAAAGAACUGGAGCCUUUAAAAAAUUUUACGACAGUUAUGGGGACUCUCCAUGGUCUUGGCUGGUCAAUUUUUUUUUUAAUUUUAUUUACUUUUUCAGGGACGAUUUUUUAUUUUGGGUCUUUAUUUUUUGAAAAUGAGGUAGAUAAUUGAUCUGAUGGAGAAAAAUGUCAGGCUAAACAUGUGGUCAUGAUUUUUUUUGCGACUUCAAUGUCAGCUUUUUAUUUGGGAACUGCAGUGCCGCUAUUGCAAUUUAUUCAAAAUGGAAAAAUCGCUGCUGGAAGAGUGAUGAAAAUAAUAGUGAAAACAAAAAAAUAUGAUGGUUAUAGAAGGACUGACGAUUUAAAAGGAGAAAUUGAGUUUAAAAAUGUCCAUUUCAGCUAUUCUUCUAAUAAAGUACUAGAAGGGGUAUCAUUUAAGGUACAAACAGGCGAGUCUUUAGCAAUUGUUGGGGAAACUGGGUCUGGGAAAAGCACUAUAAUCCAGCUAAUUGAAGGUUUUUAUUAUUGUAAAAUUGGGUUUGUAUUAAUUGAUGGGAUAAACAUAAAGGAAUUCGAUUUAUCGAGCCUAAGAGAAAGCAUUGGAUUGGUAAGCCAAGAGCCUAUUUUAUUCAAUACAACUAUAAAGGAAAAUAUAAGAAUUGGCAAAUUAUCAUCGUCAGACUCAGAAAUUUAUGAUGCUGCUGCUGAAGCUGAAGCUAACCAUUUUAUAGAAAAUCUUGAAAACGCAUAUGAAACUUAUGUAGGGAUCAAAGGAUCCCAAAUAUCUGGAGGCCAAAAACAAAGAAUUGCAAUAGCAAGGGCCAUGAUUAAAAAACCAAAAAUUUUGUUAUUAGAUGAGGCCACAAGCGCUUUAGAUGUAAAUACUGAAAAGAAAAUUCAAAAAACUUUUGAUAAGAUUAUGAAAGGAAGGACAACAAUUAUAGUGGCACAAAGGCUGAGCACCAUCAAAAACGCUGAAAAAAUCAUUGUAUUGAACCAUGGGAAAAUUGUGGAAUCAGGGAGCCACGAAUCUUUGAUAGAGGAAAAUGGAAUCUAUGCCAGGCUUCAAGCUGUCCAGAAAAAUAUUGAAAAAGAAAGCUCAUAUAAAAGUUUAAAAAUCAAAGAAAAUAAAAAUUUAGAAUUAAAACUUGAAGAAGGUAUAAUACAGCAAGAAAAAACGUCAAAAACAUUUGCAAGAAUUUUAUGGUUCGCUAAGAAAUACUGAUAUUGACUUAUAUUAGCAUCUUUAUGUGCAAUAAUUACAGGAAUUUUAUUUCCUAUUUUUGGGUAUAUAUUUUCCGAUAAUGUCUUUAUUUUGAUUGAAAAAACAGGUUCUGAUAUGACAGAUUCCACAAAAACUAAUAUGUACUAUUUAUUUAUAGAAGCCUCCAUCAUUAUUUUUUCAUUAACAAUCCUAUGUGCUGCUCUUUCCAGAGUCACUGCACUUUAUACUUAUGAUUUACGCUACCAAGGACUUAAAUCACUUCUCAAUUACGAUCAAAAAUAUUUUGAUAAGCCAUCAAGCAACCCUUCAACAUUAUCAUAUAGGCUUGCAUCAGACUGUGAAAAAAUUUCUAGUAUUGGUGGUCCCAUAUUAGGGCUCCAAUCUUUAGUAUUAACCGCUAUACUUGGAGGAAUUAUUAUAGCCAGUAUGCAUGAUAUACCUUUAUCUAUCCUCGUUCUUGUCUUACUUCCUAUUGUCAUGAUAACAGGCGGCAAAGGUGAAUUUAUGCAGCUAAAAGGUAUAAGUCACAGUGAUUUAAAAAAUACUACAGAAAUCGCUUCUGAUGCUCUGACAAAUAUAAAAACAGUCCACUCCUUCAAUAGACAAGAAUAUUUUUAUAGAGAAUAUAUAUCAGCUACUGAGGCUGAAAACAAAAGAGUGCUGAAAUCGUCAUAUUGUAAUGGAGUCAUGUUUAGUGUUAGGUAUAUGGCUAUGUAUUUUUUAUGAGGAAUUGUAGGCUGGUUUGGGACAUAUAGAAUAAAGGAAGGAAAAUUAGAAAUUAAAGAUAUGUUUACUGUGUUUUUUUGUAUUAUAUUUAUUACAAUAAAUAGUUUACUAAUGACAUUUAUACAGAAAGAUGCUUUUAUUAAUGGAAAUGAGAUAUGUUUUCUUCAUGGGGAUUAAUGAUAGUAGGCGCAUUAGCACCUGAUAUUAGUGGAGGCAUUGAAAGUGCGAAACAUAUGUUCAGAAUUAUUGAUUAUAAGCCAGAAAUUAAUGCUGAGUCGGAGGCAGGGAUUUUUUUACCGAUUUUUGGGAAUAUUAUAUUCAGAAAUGUAUGCUUUAAAUAUGAAAAUAGGAAUAAUGUGGUCUUGAAUAAUGUUAAUUUUGAAAUAAAAGUAGGGAAAAGAGUAGGAAUUACUGGGACGACUGGGUCUGGAAAAUCAACGAUAGCUCAGCUGAUUAUGAGAUUUUAUGAUCCUGUUUCUGGGAGUAUUGAAAUUGAUGAUAGGCCAAUAAAAGAUUAUAAUAUAGCAUAUCUAAGAGACUGCAUCUGUUGGGUCGGCCAAGAACCUAUUUUAUUCAAAGGAUCAAUCCUAUACAACAUGAAAAUUGCAAAAGAAAACGCAACUUUAAAUGAAAUAAAUGAGGCUAUUUUUAAAUCGCAAGCUAUUAAUAUAGUAAAUAAAUAUAGCAUUGACUCAGAUGUAGGUUUAAGAGGAAAUAAACUUAGCGGAGGUGAAAAACAAAGAAUUGCUAUCGCAAGAGCAUUAUUAAGAAAACCAAAAAUUUUAAUUUUAGACGAAGCAACAAGCGCACUUGAUAGUGUCACUGAAUCAAACCUUCAAGAAAAUUUACAAAAAGAAAAAUUCACUAUUGUAGCAAUUGCACACAAAUUGAAAACUAUACAAAAUUAUGAUCUAAUAAUUUUAUUAGAGAUGGGGACUAUUAUAGAAAUGGGGAGUCAUAAUUUGUUGAUGAAUAUUGAAGAUGGGCAUUAUAAAAAACUUUUUCAAGCAUCAUAA